AUGACAAAAUUAGAAGCAAAUGCAGCGGUUUAUUCACAUCGUUUACGGAAUCUCGACAGGGCAAUAGUGCAUCGCCUCGCUGGUGAUCAGAUAAUAUUUGGAGAAGGAAUAAUUACGGCGUACCAACUGCUUGCGGGAGACACGAAAUUGGUGGAUUUGGAAAAGAAACGACGUGGUGGGAAGAAAUUCUCCGCAGGUGUUGCAUUUGCUGCGAAUGCGAGUCGUGAAAGAAAAUUACCGCAACGGAAAGGCAACUGCGGCACUGGAAAAGAAGCACCACUGGUGGAAGCGCUGAGUUUAGUCGGCAAGGUGGAUGCCGCCAUUGCAUUCUGCGAAGGGAAAUUAGCAGCUAUACAACAGUUAUGCCCGUCCUCAAAUACCGGUAUGCAUUUCCGUCAGCAACGUUCCAUACAUGAGGAGUUAAUGCCACACGCCCUGGGAACUGGACGUAUAGAAUUAUUAACAAAUGAUGGAAUAACUAAUGAUGUUCCCUCAAAACCACUUCUUAGCGGAAUGUCCCGGAGACCGUCCAAUUAUGAACUAUCGCCCUCCGAUUUUAAGGGUGAAUGUUGCACACCCGAACAAAUAUUCAUAGAAGCUCGCGAAGAUACGCAGUUUUUGUGGCUUCUGCGAUGUAUCGCGGAGGAGACAAUUCAACGGUAUGUUAUUGUUUCGGAGGAGCGAAUUUACUUUACAUCAUUUGUUGUUGCCGCGCGUGAAGAAGUAACCGCGGUUAUUAGCGCUGCCACGCCACAUUACACACCGUCAUCGGUGUUAUCAGAACUCAACAACCAAACUCUAGUGGCGCAGUCACAAGAAAAACUUAUUGAAGAAAAGAAGAAGGUUUGGGUUAACGGAAAUUACAUAAAGGAUAGCAGCACGGACAGCGAUGAGUGUUCUCCCGUAGUGAAAGGGUCGGUGAAGACAGUAUGUGUAAAUAUGGAAAGCCCGAUUUUGUAUAAAAAGCACGUGCGUUUGUUACCUUUCGUUCAAACAUUAUUGUAUGAAACAGAAGCAACACAGCGCACCCAAAUUGAAAGGGAAUCCCACGUGUCGUUGGAGCUUAUUGAUGCUCACCGCCAGUUGAUGAUACAUCAUAUAACGAGUAAGUCGCUAAUGGUAACUGAAGAAGAGUGUAUGCGUGAACUCAUAGAAAACAUAAAUGAUUUUAAACUACCAGUGGAAGGGAAGGUGUGCCCAAAACAACAGAAAAUACCUAUACCGCGAAGUGAUGGAACACUGUCAAGCAUGCGAGACAUACGCAGUUGCAGUAGUAGUCCUUAUGCACCCGCCACUCAAAGCACACAUUCCUGCGGUGAUACGCCCAGCCACGGAAGUACGUUAUCUUCCAACCCUUCAACUCUCGCUGUUUCUCGUAACGUUAAACAUGUUACAGCUGGUCACUGUUUCACAACGGAACAAAGGCAUAUCUUGCGCUUGCAGAACCACGGGGAAGUUCCUGUUUAUAUUUGCGAGCGCGUGGAGCACGUGAAACGGCAGCAAAUAUCUACGAGGGAGCGACGGGCGCGAGAGCAAUUAUUUUCAUGCGUGGAAAGCGGUCGCGGCGAUGCGAGGAAAAUGAGAAUCUCGGCGCUGGCAGACAAUAGUGUGCUCAACGGUCACACGUAUUAA